AAUGAGAUUAUUAUUAGUUCUUUUGAUAGUCACAAUUGUUUCUGCCUCAAUGGCUCCUCCCAUUACAAGUAAUGACAAAAAAUGGGUGAGAUCAUCAAUUGAAAAUAAUGAUUGCCAUAAAGAUUGUAAAAGAGCAGAUGGUCAUGUUUGUGCAGGAUUACAUAAAUCAUAAUGUUGUUAAAGACAUUGGUGUUUAUAGGAUGAAAAACUACAUGAUGUUUGGAGCUGCAGAACUGGAUUGUAAUAUAUUUUAUAUUAUAAUAAACUUUAGCGAAAUUCAUGUUGAUUCAUGUAAUUCAUUCCCUAAAAGAGAUGCAGGAUUUCUAUAAGAAACAGAUUGAU